ACUCCUGCAGGUCAUGCAUCAAGGAGUUUUUUCACGUGCAAAAACUCAAUGGAAGAGAGAGAAAGCUUCCAGGGAAGAGAGAGAAAUAUAAAAAGGAGAGAGAAAGCUGCCAUGGAAGAGAGGGAACCUUAAAAUUGUAGAUGAGAGAGAGUGACCUAAAAUCAGUGGAUUAAGGAGGAUCAGCCGAGCGGAUAGAAAGACCAUAACAGUCUAACAAGGUGCAGGAGAGAGAAAACCGUAACACAGAAUAGGAGAGCGAAAGCUAGAAUGGCCAAGAGCAAUCCGCUUCAAUGGCUGAACGUUAUGCUUUCCGAGCCUUUCUAUCUCUUCCACUCCUUCCUAUUCUUCUCAUACCUCGUUGUUCGCCAGUGGGCUACCGAGUUUCUAUCUCCUCAACUUUCCUCUCAUCUCCUUCACAGGGAAAUUCAGGCGAUUUUGGCAUUGUUCACUCUAGCAACUGUUAAGUUGAUUAAAGCCGAAACCUGGGAAGCGUUCAUCGCUGAUACUUUUUUAUAUGCAAAGGGUUUCCUUAUCAUGGUUGCUUUAGUAUUGGACUAUCACUUAGCCUAUUGGUACUUGUUGGGUCUCUCAGUUGUGUCAAUUCUGACUCGACAACCUGCUUUUUCUGGUUUAGGCAAUUCAACUCGUCUGACACCAUUGCAGUUGGAAGUUCUUCUCACUGAAGGCAACACUUCCAGGUUUUGGUUGGUGGAGUUCCGGACUUUGUGGUCAUCCAAAUGCAUACGAACUAGUCGCAUUUUAGCUGAUCUGUCAAUCACGUAUUCAAACAAUAGUCUGUCUUUUGGUAUGGUUGAUUUGGGGCUCUUCCCAAAUGCUGCAGAAAAAUUUGGAAUAUCUUUGGGUGUGACACAUGGGCAACUUCCGACAUAUAUAUUAUUUGACAAGGCCAUAGAAAUUGCUCGUUAUCCUGAGGUGGAUUUUGAAUCAAAGGCGUCUGCAUCAACUAUAACCAAGGGUCUACUAGCUCGACAUUUUGAGCUUGAUCGGAGGCUCAUUGAAUACGUUUCUGGCAAUUGAGAGAAGCAUUAUAUAAGAGAUUUCAUUGUUUUUGCAAGUUGUCAUUCCAUUGGAUAUGUUUUUUUUAUAGGGCAUGGUUUCUAUAAGGUUGCAACUUUGAACAAUCCAAUUAAGGAGCACCUCCAAAGUUUAUCAUAAUAUGUAAUUUUGAUGUAAAAAUUUUUUAGGAUUAUCUC